ACACACACAGUGAGCAUCACCUCUACCCGCCUGUGACUGGUUGUGCACAGUCAUAUUACGGCUGCUGUCCUGAUGGUCAGACCUCUGCAACCGGACCCAGAAACCAGGGCUGUUCUUUAGAUGGCUGCGCUCGCAGGAGGUAUGGCUGUUGUUCAGAUGGAGUCACACCAGCUCAAGGAGUUGGAGGGGCUGGAUGUCCUGAGUAUCAGACAACUGAACAUCAGCCAUCGCGACCCGUCGAUUCGCCCGCUGCCAACGUGUGCUCCCUGCCUCGUGACGAGGGUGCUUGUGAAAGGUGGACAGUGCGCUUCAGCUUUGACAACGGGAGURGCAAAUGCAAGGAGUUCUGGUACGGUGGCUGCCACGGCAAUGCCAAUAACUUUGUCUCCAUGGAGGCAUGCCAGAGGGAGUGCGGUGGUGUCGGGAGGGAGCCUGCAUCUGUGAGGGUGACCCCAAGGAGGGGCUCACUUGGAAGCAUUGCAAGAGCAAUGGCGCACCGUGCUCGUGUCUAGCUGACACACCUUCUCCAUAAUCCAAAUCACACUUGCCCAAAAAUCUAAAGACAGAUGGCUCAAUCUUAGCAAACCUUUCCACAUUCCUAUCACGAUGAUUGAGUUUCUUCAAUUCAAUACAGUUCUUUGCAAAAGUCUUAAUUUCUGCCCAAGAAGUCUAACUAUCUUGUGAUUUUUAGAAGUAAAACUCUACAAUUGUUUUAGGAAGCUUUUGAAGGUUUUUCUAUAUAUUUUUUUCCAAUGUUAGAUGCUUUUUUAUUCUUUUUAUUUGUCCUUUAUUUGUUUGUUUUCACAAGAAAUACACCAAGACCUGACAGGACACAGAUGCACCAUCCUACAUCUGGUACACCAAAUAUACAGUAUGUCAGGACCUCUAGAUGGACCAAAAACUGUUUCAUCCAUUACUCCAUUUUUUUUUCUAAAUCUUGACAAAUUUGUUGUUAAUGUUUUCUUUAUAUUCAUCUGUACUUUGGCCUAGUCACAUCAUGAAUAGAGUUAAUAAAGUCUCAUUAAUCAAUA